AUUAUUAAUUAUUAUUUAAUUAUUUUUGUAUUGAUUUCAGAAAGUGAUAAAACAGUGAUUGUUCGUCGCCAAUCUGGAGAAUUUGGUUUUAGAAUUCACGGUUCAAAACCGGUAGUGGUUUCAGCAAUAGAAUUAGAUACGCCGGCUGAAAGUUCCGGAUUAGAAGUAGGAGAUAUCGUUCUAUCCGUAAAUGGAAUAAGCGUUUUGGAUAAAAGUCACUCGGAAGUCGUUAAAAUAGCCCACGCCGGAAGCGAUACGUUAACUUUAGAGGUAGCCAGAACAUGCGGAGUUUUAAGCCCGACCGCGCAAGAUUCGCACGGAACUUCCAUUUACAGCGGUUACUUAUGGAAAUUGGGCGGAUUCGCCAGCGGAAUUCCCACUAAUAAGUGGAUAAGAAGAUUUUUUGCUUUAAAAAAAGAUAAUUGUCUUUAUUUUUAUAAAACCGACGUUGAUAAACAACCUGUUGGGGCAAUUAUGCUCCAAAACUACGAAAUAAAACCGGUGGAGGAUGAAAUGAAACCUUAUAGAUUAAGCAUAUCACGCCCGGGAGCACCAACGUUGCAUUUAGCGGCUGAUACGGAACAAUCGGCACGAAGAUGGAGCGAAUUAUUGUCUCAAUCAGCCGAGGAAAGUGUGAUUUGUGAUACUUGGUUGGAGCAGGCUCGAAGGAAUUUAACGUUGCCUCCGAAUUCGAUUCCCAAACCGGAUUGUUUUGGGUAUUUGGUGAAAUUGGGCACGCAGUGGAAGUCUUGGAGUCGGAGAUAUUGCGUGUUGAAGGAUGCUUGUUUGUAUUUUUAUCAAGAUGCGAAUUCAAAGAGUGCUUUCGGGGUAGCUUGUUUGCAUGGAUAUAAGGUACAACAAAGCGCCAGUGGGAGUAAAAAGCACGCUUUUGAGAUGAUUCCUGCUGAGGCGACGCAAAAACAUUAUUAUUUCCAUACGGAAUCUGAUAUGGAUCGUAAAAGAUGGUUAGCUGCGUUGGAAUAUUCGAUUGAUAGAUGGUUAAAAGUUGGUUAGAACGCUUCGUAAGUGUCUGUAUAACAGAAUAAAGUAAGAAUUAAAAAAAAAGUAUAUUUAGAGUCGAUGGUAAAUGUGUAUAGUAACUGUUGUUGUCUUCUAUGAUGAAAAGAAGUGUCCAAAAAACAAAAAAAAAAUGUAAUAGAUACAUAUGUCAUGCUUUAACCAGUUUGCCCCCCUUGGAGAGAUUUAACAAGUAAAACGUUAUAUUUAAUAAAUAAAACAGACGAUAUUUAUAAAGAGGCGGUUUUAUAAAAUGAAUUAUUAAAUGAGAUUAAGUAGAUCGUUUGUAUAAUUUGAGAAUAUAUAACGAGACAGAUUUAAAACGCGAUUUAAAUAAAAUAAUGAUUAAAUUAAAAAUGAAAAAAAAAGUACGAAAGGAUGUAGAUAGGGAAAUUAACGGUGAUAAUACUAGCUAGAUUUGUAAAUUAUAAAUAAACAAUAAUAAUAAACAGACGCUCAAAUAAACAAGACUAUAAAAACGUUUUAAUGAUGUACUUGGAGGAAAUUUAAAUUAAAUGAAAAAAAAAUAAACAAAUAUAAAAGUUAA